AUGGAGUUUGUGGUUAUCGCUAUUGGCCUGUUCUUAUUCAACGCACUUUUUGGAGCCACUCUCACAAUUUUCAGCCUCCGGAAACCCAAGAACUUGCCUCCAGGCCCAACCCCACUGCCGAUCAUCGGAAGCCUCCACCUGCUCGGCGACAAACCACACCAAUCCCUAGCCAAGCUCUCCAAGAUCUAUGGCCCAAUCAUGUUCCUUAAACUUGGUCGCGCCACCGCUCUUGUCAUCUCCUCCGCCGCUGCCGCCAAAGAAGUCCUCCAAAAGCAAGACCUUGCUUUCUCCUCCCGCCAUAUCCCCGACGCCGUCACCGCCCAUAACCAGUCACUUCACUCCGUCGUCUGGCUCCCUGCUGCCACCCAGUGGCGGAUCCUCCGUAGAAUCCUUAACACCAACAUCUUCACCACCAAAUCCCUUGAUACUAAUCAGCACUUACGGAAGCAGAAAGUGGAAGAACUCGUUGCAUACUGCCGGAAAGCCAGCCAAUCCGGAGAUUCAGUCAACAUCAGUCGAGCUGCUUUCAGAACCACCCUGAAUCUCCUAUCCAACACUCUUUUCUCCAAGGAUUUGACAGACCCGUAUGAGGAUUCCGGUAAAGAGUUUAAGGAGCUGGUUGAUAACGUCAUGGUGGAGGUUGGGAAGCCAAAUCUGGUGGACUUUUUCCCGGUGUUGAAGAAGAUCGAUCCACAAGGGAUCAGGAGGAGAAUGACGAAUUAUUUUGGGAGGAUUAAUGAGAUUUUUGAGGAAUUGAUUGAAGAGAGGUUGGGGAUGAGCGAGUCGAAGUACGAUGAUGUAUUGGACGCCUGUUUGAAAAUCAGUCGAGAGAAUCCAGAGGAGAUCAAUCGAACACAUAUCAAAAGCUUGUUUUUGGUACGUACCCUAUUUAAGUUCCUUGUAUUUCAAGCAUGCAAAAGUAGUAUCAAGUUUAAUUGGUACUUAAUCCAUGUGUCAAACCAUAAUCAAGAAUCGUCAUAUUAG